AUGUCUACCCUGACCGGAAGGCUUGAAGCCAAUCGGAACGCUCUUGAUAACUAUAAUGGGGGCAUGGUAGCCACGGUCCCCAUUGGAACGACGGUGUACGAGCUGUGGAGUGCUUUAAAGAUUGAAAAUGAUCAUCUUCAUGGGUUCUCUCCUUUUUCCCCAGAAGAUAGCAAAGAUAUCGUGAAGGCUCUGGGCUCAUUUGGCCAAGCUGAUACCGAUAACCUGGAUGCUUACAAGCGGAAGGUCAGCCCCUAA